AUGGCUGCCGCAAUCGCAGCCACAGUCGGCGGCGCAGAUGUCGCAGCUCCCGGCCAGCUGGGCCGCAGCGCCAGCAUCAGCGCCCUCGGCCGCCUACAUUCCAGCACCAGCGCCAUCGGCUGUGUACGUGCCUGCGCCAGCACCAGCGCCCUCAGCCGCCUACAUGCCUGCGCCAGCACCAGCGCCCUCAGCCGCCUACAUGCCUGCACCAGCGCCAGCGCCCUCGGCCGCCUACAUGCCUGCGCCUGGGCCUGGGCCAGCUCAGGUGCCCAAUCCUUCACCGCCCGCGUCUAUGCAUGCGUCUACAUCCACCGUCUAUGCACCGCCCGUACCGCAGCUCACGGCGCCAGCAAGGGGGGGAAGGCCAAGCCCCAGCUGCUGCAGCCGCUGGUGUGCGCGCAUCCAAGGGGCGAUCUACCGAGUCGAUACCCUCGGCUACAGCCCUUGGAGGCCCAGCCAGCGCAGGUAGGACAGCUCCCGUCACAGCCCAAGCUGCAGCUACAGCCCGACCCGCUGCCCCUGCUGCCCCUGCCGCCGCCGCCGCCGCCGCCGUUGCCGCCGCAACUUCUUUCCUCGAGUCACUACGACGAUGUGCAAGAGGAGGACUACUUGAUGGCGGAGAUUUUGGCGGCACCCUGGCCGUCGUCUAAAACCGUGCAGGACGCUACUGCCGCCGCGCAUGCAGCCGCAGCGGCGCUGGCAAGGACCAAACUGGUGACCCACAACGAGCGUGCCAACCCGCAACCCAAGCCGAGCGGCGCACCCCAGCAGGUGUCCAUGGAAGCCGCGGCAGCCAGUGCGUUCGCCGCACCUGAAUGCGGGCCCAACACGCCCUCACAGUCACCGCCGCCGCUGCCUGAGAGCUGGCAGGGGAGCCGGCGGGUGCAGGCGGCACCUGACGACGCGCCUCUGAAGAAGCUCAAUGAGGCGGUGGUGGAGGCGGCGCCAGCUCCUGCUCGGCCCAGAUGGAUAUCGGUUCACGACCAGGGCGCUGUUCCUUGGAAGAUCAAGGCCGAGCUUGGCGGCGCUGAAGUGAAGGCCGAAAUGAGGCCCUUGGGCCAGUCAGCCAUGGCGCUCGGCAGCGACCACCCAAGGGCUAACCUAACAUUGAAACAGCAAACCACGUUGCUGUACGAGCACCAACUGCAGCUGGUCGUGCCGCAGGGCGAUCUGCGCCUCGGGCAGCUGGAUAUGGCGGCCUCGAGGAAGCUGGCUGCUGGUGCGGCGGCGGCGGCGGCAGCGGCGGCGGCCAGCGCAGGGCCCGUCGCCACAGAUGGUGCGGAUCGCGGCGGAACCCUGCUGUUGCACGUCCCACUUGCCGGUGGCCGAACCUCCAGCACUGUCGUGGUGGACGAUAUGCACGACGAUUCUAUGCAGGAUGACUUGCCGCCGCCACCAUCACUGCCCCUAGACGUCUUCAUGGCCGACGACCUGGCGGAAUGCGAUGGGGAGGACAGCGACUGCGACUCCGACGUUCAAGUCACGAUGGAGCUCCUACGGAGCAUGUUUCACCUUCCCGUGGCGGAUGUUUCACGUACAUUGGGUGUCAGCAGCACGGAUUUGAAGCGGCGCUGUCGCGCUCUGGGCAUUGGGCGCUGGCCGCAGCGCAAGCUGACCAGCCUGGACAAGCUCGGAGGUGCGGUGGCAAGCGACCCGCACAUCAGCGAGGACGAGCGCCAGAAGACGUUGGCGCUUGUCGCCCGAAACCGCGAUGACAUCAUCCGCGACCCGGACACCGCUCUGGACCCCUGGGUGGCGCCCAAGAGGCAGAUGCACUACAAACGGAAAUUCGUCGACCGGCGCGGUGGAGGUCGACGGAGCUACGGCAAGAAGAAAGGCGGCUGA